AGGUGAGUUCAGCUCUCUUGGUACUUCAUUAUUAUGUCUCUUAAUAAACCAGCUAUCUAUACAUGAAAGCUCUCAGUGUGUUUCACCGAUGGCUUCCUGAUGUGCUUUUUGGUGUGAUACUGGGCCCCCAAAAAUUACACACAACGAAAGGUCUCUUCAAAAUCUCUUCAGAAAUUAUGAAAUUGGAUCAAUGAUAAUCAUAGUUAUAUAUUGCGCAUGCGCAGUAACUGAGGUAAAGGGUGUGUUAUUUAUACUCAUAAUCAAAGGGACACAGAGAUACGCCCUUGAUAAAUCCAGUUGCCAAUCUGGUACCUGAGUUGUAGCUGCAUAAAACAUUACCAAUGAUGAGUUGCUUGCUGUGGAAGACAGUUAUUGUCCUGAACCUGGUUUGGGCUGUUGGAGGACAGUUUAUACCUGGAAGCUUAAGGCUGGUAGGCAACUCAGGCCAAACAGGAGGCUCCUCUGGCAGACUGGAGGUCUAUUACAAUGGACAGCUUUGGCUCAAGUGAUGCAGGAGUGGCUUGUCGUCAACUAGGGUACAGCUCGAUUCAAUACGGAACAGUUGGAGCGCUAGGUUUCUCCCAAGCUUCGUCAUAUACUGUAACAUGGCCGUUUGAAGUUAGUUGCCUUGGAACUGAGAGCACAUUGAUCGAUUGUCCUUCUACCAUCAUCGAAAGUUGCUACAGUAAUUCAGAUGUGGCCUUGAUCUGUUACAGUACUACACCAUCCACUUCACCGACUUCUUCAUCAAUCAACUUCUCUGGGAUUGGUAUUGGAGUGACUGUUCUUGUCAUCAUCAUCAUAGUUGUGGGUGUCGUCUUGUUUUCUGUUUUUGCAAGGAGACGACGUCGUCUGGCUCGCUACCCACGCAGUACUCCCCUAAUCAAUAAUGUUGCGUCGACAGCUGUAGUCGUCACUGCAUCAAAUACACAAGAUACAGCCUAUCCCGUCAGGAAUCUACCACCAUACUCGCCCCAGGCCCCCUCUCAAAAUAUGCAACCAGCAGCUGCCUACCCGACUGGCCAAUAUGCUGACCCCCAGUACCACACAUCCUACCCUCAGCAACCCCCUACCCAGUAUCCCAUGUCCAACCCUCAGCAACCCCUAUCAGCCCCCUCUCCCACGUCCUACCCUCAACAACCCCCAGCCCCGUACCCUCAGAAACUCCCAGCCCCUUAUUCUCCUGGAGAACAACCACCCUCUGCACCGUACUUGUAUGGCGGAGAAGCCCCUCCAGCAUAUCUGAACUGAGUAUGGGGACUGCCCACCGCACAAGUAGAAUAUUGAAACUUUAACAAAACAAUUGUCUGAUAGUGACAGCAUAUGAGUAUAUCUGCUGUAGUUGCUGUCUCAUUGUUUAAUUGUAUACUGUAAUAUCGUAGAUGGACUUGAAUAAUUGAAUAAUAAAGAACUCUGAUUCAUGAUAAACAACACAGGUAUUUAUACAAAAACGAUAACUCAAGGAAUAUUCUAGAAGAGAACUAACUAGAAUAUGAAUAUAGAAGACAGACAUUACAUCAUAAGUACAGUAGACACAGUUUACAACUAACACCUGAUAUAGUCUAUUCAAGUUAUGUCCUGCAAAGGCAUGAAUGUUCAAGACAUCAC